UAUGAUGAACGAGAGGGAACGGUCUAUCGACGAGUUUGAGGAAUUUCGACAAAGAGCCUGUUCCGGAGGUUCUUUAUAUAGUUCUCAAGAACUUUCUAGGCGGAGAAGUACUUUAAACACCGAUUGCGAAUGUUCCGAUUGGAUUUGUCGACAUAAAUCCGUUUCGCUAAAAGCUUCGAAUUCUUUACGCGUAACUGCAAGUGAUGAAGAUGACCUGAGGAGGUCAAGAUCUCUUCGAACUUCAACUCGGCCUUAUCUCAAAAAGGAAGAAACUCCAAGAUCGCGUUCAGUUUCUAAUAGAAGAUCGCGUCGUCGCCUAAAGGAAAAAGUAUCCCAAGUGCAAAAUCAAUCCCCGUCACCUCCCCGACGAAAAUCUCGUUUGAAAGGGAAUAGCGGAAAGUCACCAGCUAAGAGGCCUAAGUCGCUGAAGAUGGGUACAAUUGCUCAGCUCAUUCAAAGUGUCCAUGAGCGAGGACGCCGCUUCUCAGCAGCAAGCACAGACGGUCGGGAUAUUUUACUAAUGCAGGAUAAAAACUCGUAUCAAAUACCAGAAUUACAAUUCACCCAAGUUCUUUCAUUAGAUAAAGAGGAAAGGUCUCCUUCUCCUCGUACUUCAACUAUAGGGCGAGAGCGCUACGGUAGUGCCCCCGACAAUGAUAUGUCAGGAAGCACAAAUACACUUAGGUUGCCUCCCCAAUCGCCUACUGUUCAAUCUCCUUGUGAAGAUCAAAUUCGAGUGGCGACUAUUCGCCGUAGAUCUUUUUCUGUUUCACGGAAAGGGGUUGUUAAUCACGAAGGAGAUACGGUCGUGUCCAGAGUAUUUGGAUCAUCUAGUUCAAUUGGUAGUGAUAUUUCCGGGGAUGUAAUUUGUCGUUCACGAGCAUCCAGCUUUAAUUCUCAAAGUUCUAUUGGUAGUCCUGAAAUUUCAACAGCUUCAUAUAAAGUUCUCAUGAUUGGCGCCCCUGGAGUUGGUAGAACAUCGCUGACUAGGCAAUUUUUAACAAGCGAAUAUAUUGGAGCGGAAACGAGCUUCGGUAAAUAUAUAAAUUCAGAUAAUUAUUUGAUACCGUACUAG